AUGCGUUUCUCAUUCGCCAUCCCCCCUCACUCUUUCUUUAUUUGUAUUUCCAUUUGCCUCUCAAUUUCGCCAGUCAUUCCAUUUCGUUUCUCCGUCCGUCGUUUUCGAUGUUUCCGUUUUGCGGAUGGUGAAGCCAAUUCAGUCGUUGACGUUCCUUCACAGACGAUUGCACCCGAUUAUUUUACUCCACCGUGCCUAAAAAUCUAUCUAUCUAUCUAUCUAUCUAUCUAUCUAUCUAUCUUAUAUCUAUCUAUCUAUCAACACGGUUCAUUAUUUCAUUUCGUGCCAACGCCAUCUAUUGGCCAUAGUCCACCUUCUUUGAAUGGCAUGUUAUCUAUCUCUCCUCAAUGUCUGCAAUGCCACGCUCACUUCGUAUUCGUGAAGAAAAAAAACAGUUUCUAUCUAUCUAUCUAUCUAUCUAUCUAUCUAUCUAUCAUUUUUCCUUGUCUACCUACCUAUCUAUCACUUUUUCAUUAUCUAUCUAUCUAUCUAUCUAUCUAUCUAUCUAUCUAUCUAUCUAUUUAA